GAAAUACCUGGGACUCCCUAAAAAGGCCUUGGGAGUUCUCAGAGUUCAGAAGGCCUUGUACCCUAUGGGCAGCUAUCGCUCGUGGCUUCCUAUCCAUCCUCACCCGCCAGCAGCUCUCUCCCUGAUGGGAUGUGGAGGCAGAAUUGUUCCCCUCCUCUGUCCGCUACGGAGAAGAGUUUUGGAGAAUUCAGCUACUAGAUUUUUUCUGCCUCUCCAGCUCUAAUUUUGGUUUGAUUUCCCCUUUUCCACCCGUUUCUGACAUUUCUCUCUCUAUCCCAGCAGGUGCUGAGAUGGUGAGUGAGAACAAGGAGCUGAAUCCUCAGCAGGAAGAUGCUGAGGAAGUGGAAGCACACGGGGGAUUAUCACAAGGAUCCCAAGGGAAUGUGUCCAGGCGUCGUGUGCAGGGAAAAGCCUGUGAGAGUCAGCACAGGCCAGAGAGGCAGCAGGGAAACCAGCCCUUGGAGAAAGUGGGCAAAUCCAUUAAUUGUCAGGGGAUUCACCAGUACUCCAAGGAAAUCACAGCCCAGCAGAGAAUACCUGUAGGAGAGAGAAAAAACACAUGCAUUGAGUGCGGGAAACAGUUCAGUGAGAAAUCAAACCUUAUCACGCAUCAGACAAGCCACACAAGAGAGAGACCCUACGAGUGCGGGAAAAGCUUCACUCAGAACUCAUCCCUUACUAAACAUCAGAGGAUCCACACAGGAGAGAGACCGUAUGAAUGCAGUGUGGGGAAAAGUUCACUCUGAGCUCAAGUCUCAUCGGUCAUCAGAGGAUCCACACACGAGAGCAGCCUGCGAAUGCAGGAAAAGUUUCAGCCGGAGCUCACGCCUUAAUGGACAACAGCGAUUUCACAGGCUAGAGACAUACCAUAAACACUUCGUGCAGGGCAGAGAAAAGAUGGUUUUAAAGGCGUUUGCUAAUUCCCGCAUAGUGACUAUGUAGGGCUGUUUGCACCAUUUGCGUCACCCUGUUCUCUCAGCUCCCCCACGGGAGUUGCCCGUUUUCCUUUGGAGGUCAGCCUUCUCUGGGGCGAAUCUCGUGGUCCUUUCUAUCAACUCUUCUCUCCUGUGACUCAUGGGAGUGUGUGUCCCUCCUGCCAGGAGCGUCCAUCAGCCCCAGGGGUGGGAAAUAGGGGUGACUUCAAGUAGCUAAACUGAGCGAAAAUUGACCGGGGCUUUGUCUCCUGUAGGAUUUUCCAGCCUGCUGGAGGUAGCUAUCCUAAUGUAGACACCCCGCUAGAUUUGCAGUGCUGACAUAGCCCAGGCACAAGGGUCGGGGUUAGCUAG